GAAAUCGCUUGGAGAGACUCUGCUGUUGGCUGUGCUCUCUUUGGAGCUUUGUUUCUAGCCGUUCUCUGACAAAGGGCUUGUUCUGUGAAGCACAUCUCGUCCUCUUUGUCCAGCCUCUGGCUUCAACCAUGAAUCACAAAUAUUCUCCAGCUGGGAAUCAGACCAGGGCUGAGAUUAAGAACCCAGAAGCCCAACAGGAUGUUUCAGUUUCCCAGGGAAUUCGCAUGAUGUUUUACAUGAUGAAGCCCAAUGAAACGUCAUUCCACACUCUGGAAGAGGUGCCCGAUUUUGUAAAACAGGCAACUCCAUUUUUCAUUUCACUGAUGCUGCUUGAACUGGUUGUCAGCUGGAUUCGCAAAGGGAAGCCACCAGGCCGUUUGGAUGAUGCAUUAACAUCGAUAUCAGCUGGUGUUCUGUCUCGGCUUCCAAGUUUGUUUUCCAGGAGCAUUGAAUUGACCAGUUACAUUUAUAUCUGGGAGAACUACAGGCUCAUCAGUUUGCCUUGGGAUUCUCCAUGGACUUGGUAUUUAACCUUCUUAGGAGUUGACUUUGGAUACUAUUGGUUUCAUCGCAUGGCCCAUGAGGUUAAUAUUAUGUGGGCUGGACACCAAACACACCACAGUUCUGAGGACUAUAACUUAUCCACUGCACUGAGACAAUCUGUCCUCCAAAUAUAUACUUCCUGGGUAUUCUACCUCCCCCUGGCACUCUUCGUACCGCCUUCAGUGUUCGCCGUUCAUCUUCAGUUCAACCUCCUCUUCCAGUUUUGGAUCCACACCGAGGUCAUUGAUAACCUUGGUCCUUUGGAACUUAUUCUUAAUACUCCUAGCCAUCAUAGGGUUCAUCAUGGCAGAAACCCUUAUUGCAUAGACAAAAAUUAUGCUGGCACCCUUAUUAUAUGGGAUAGAAUUUUUGGAACAUUUGAGGCAGAAAAUAAAAAAGUUGUAUAUGGUUUGACACAUCCCAUUAAUACAUUUGAUGCAUUCAAGGUGCAGUUCCACCAUUUAGUUUACAUAUGGACUACAUUCUGGGCCACACCUGGGUUCUUCAAUAAGUUUUCUGUCAUAUUUAAAGGACCAGGAUGGGGUCCUGGUAAACCACGACUUGGACUGAGUGAAGAAAUCCCAGAGGUCACAGGGAAAGAAAUUCCUUACUCAUCAUCGGCGUCUCAUUUACUAAGGAUAUAUACAGUUCUACAGUUUGCUCUGAUGCUAGCAUUUUAUGAAGACACCUUUGCAGAUAAAGCUGCACUGUCACAGUUCACUCUCCUUCUGAGGGUUUGCUUCAUUAUCCUGACCUUGACCUCCAUUGGAUUUCUUCUCGAUCAAAGACCUAAGGCAGCUGCUGUGGAAGCUUCCCGCUGCUUGGUGUUCCUGGCGCUGUGUAGGUUUGGUCACCUGAAGCCUCUCAUCCCUUCCCUGUCGUUUGUUUUUGAGAUUUUUUUUUCCAUCUGCAUUGCUUUCUGGGGAGUAAGAAGCAUGAAGCAACUUGCUGCUGGCCUUUAAAAAUAAUCUAAGUUUGUACACAAUUCUCUUGUUUUAAUCAGUUGUCUAUCACCAUAAUAUAUAACUAUUGGCUAUAAAAAUAAGUGUUUUAUAUAAUAACUAUAUGAACCAUUUAUUUACUGGAAGGUAACACACUUAUUAACUGUUGCUUGCUUUCUACAUUUAUUGUUUUCUCUUAAAGUCAGUUGCAGUUACUUUCUUGAUAGGGUUGAAAAGAAAUGAUUUCUUAUGUAAUGAUGUUAUAGCCACUUUUGUAUCUAAGCCAAUGAGAACAAGAAAAGGAAGGCAGAAAACAAAAAUAGCAAAAAGAAUGAAUAUGUCAUUUGCAUUGAUUUGACAGCUUUUCCUUUGCUGUUUGCUAAAAGUGUUUGUGUUACAUGCUGUUGGGUGGGCUCCACCUUCUGGCGACCCUGAGAAUGAGUGAUGUCCACACUGUCCUGUCCUCCACAUCCCUGCUUAGCCCCUGUAGCUUCAGGCCUGUGGCUUCUUUUAAGCAGUCAAUCCAUCUAAUAUUCAAGCUUCCCCUUUUCCUGCUGUCUUAUGUUUUUUCCCAGCACUACUGUCUUUUCCAAAGAAUUCUGCCUCUUCAUCAUUUACCCAAAGUAGAACAACUUCACUAUUCUUAUUUUUGCCUCCAACGGUGUUUCAGACUUCAUUUGCUCUAGAACCCACUGGUUCCUGUUUCUGUUGGUCCAGGGCAUCUGUAGAGCUCCCCUCUGACACCAAGAUCCAAAUGAAUCAGUUCUUUUUUUCUAUCAGCCUUCUUCACUAUCCAACUGUUGCAUCCAUUCAUGGUAAUCGGGGUUUUGAGGGAGUGAAUGAUCUCAGCCUUGAUCUCUAAUGCCACAUCUUUCCUCUCGAUGAUCUUUCCUAAUUCUCCCACUGCUUCCCUUCCAUGUCUCUCUUGAUUCCUUGGCUGCAGCCUCCAUUUGAAUUGAUAAUGAACCAAGGUAAGAAAAAUGUUUAACAAUUUCAGCGUCUUCAUUGUUGCAUAUUUCUUCUGUAGUCAUGGAUUUUGUCUUCAUAAUGUUCAAAUAGAAUCCUGCUUUAGCACUUUCUUUUUCACUUGCAUCAGCAGUCAUUUCAAAUCAUUGCAACUUUCUGUCAAUAAGAUGGUGUUUAUUGAUAUUUAUUCCAUCAAUUUUUACGCCUCAUUCCUCUGAGUAUAGCCCAGUUUUACAUGUGAUGAUACAAUCUGUGUACCAAUUAAACAAAUAGGGAAAUAAAAUACAUCCUUCUCUGACACCUUUGCUAUAGGAAACGGUUCUGCUAAAAUUGUGCUUAGGUGCGUAUUUGUCAUCAUAAAAAUGUUUAGAAGAGUUGUCUGCCUAGAAUUAUAUUUACCUUAAAAAACCACAUAACCUAAGGGUUUACAUUACAGAAAAGACAUCAAUGAAAUGAAAAUGAAUAGAAUUUGUCAGAAUUAAUUUACUCAACAGAUUAAUUUGUGAUACGUACGUCUAAUGUGUUUAGUUAAUUUGUUUUGGUAGAUUGAAGAGCAGGCAGUAAUUCUGUGUUAUAUUAAAUUGUCACAAUAACGUUAAUAAAACUCUCUAAAUAAAA